AUGACCAACGUAGUUAGCUCGCUUCCGAAUGAAGAAAAGGAUGCGUGGCUAAAUUUAAAUGACAUCAGACAAAAAGCAAAAAAGUACAACUGGCAAGAAAACCCUGGGAAGCAAAACAAUUACAUUUUUUCCAAAGACAAUGUAAAGAUAUGCAUCAUAGGAUUGAAGGGGCUAGUCACAAUAGAUAUCCGAUUGCUAAGCGGAGUCAAUUACAAACUGUGCAAAAGCAAUUUGAAGAAAGAGGAGAUAUAUGAUUUAUUCUCAAGCACCAGCUUUUUUCAUUAUACAAAUGAUGUACUAGAGAAAACGGUUUUGUGCAACAGUUAUGAUUUAAGUGUAAAGGAAAAAAUAGACCUUUUCAAUAAAAAUGAUAAGUCAUUUUUGCAAAGGAUGAAAUGCAAGAACCUAUUUUUUCGCAAUUGUGGAGGAUCACAUAGGUCAGGCAGUGAGAAGACCAAAGUGGGCACAACGAAGGUAAAAAUCAGCGCAACGAAUGGGGAGCGGAAUGCGGAGCAGAAGGGGGAACAUAAUUCGAUAUACUUCCCUGAGAAGAAAGUGCAAGUUAAGUCGGCUGAAUCAACCCAGACGGAGAUUCAAUCAGAUGAAGAACAACAGGUACAAAAGGAAAAUGCACACAUUAAGAAUAGCCUUUACGAAAAUGCGCUCGAUGUGACCCCAUUAAGUAGUAAGGCCGUUAAUAAGACAGUUCUCCUCUCCAAAGAGGAAGAUAAGGGUAAGAAAUGGGGUUUUAAAAAAUUCUUCCUUUUUAAAAAACGUACUCGUGAUAAAGUCAACGAAAAUUCGAAAGGAUGUCCAAUCGAAGCAGGAGAAAAUUCACAAAUUGGGAAAAAUUUACCCUGUGAAAAUGACCAUAGUGGAGAGGACCUCAAAGUUGGGGGAAAACAAGGGGGAGAAAUUUGCCCAAACGGGAUUGUCAACCCGAAGGUGGAAACAAACGGCCGCGAUUAUGGGGUAAAGAAAGGAGACGUAAAAGUAGAAAAAAUUUCACCUCCUCAUAUACUGAGUAACCAUACGAGCGAAAUUGAAGAGGCAAAAAAGGUAAAAGUAGGUAAUUCCCAACUGAGUACAGAGAUGGAUGCCAAUGCAGACAGGGCUAAUAAGACGAAGGGGAACAAACAAAAUAUGAAUAACCAUUUUGGUUGCAAACAGAAGUUGACACUCUCCCCAGUCAAGGAGAACAACGUGGUUACUCCAAAUAACGAUGCACUGGGCAAAUUUAAUUCAGAAGAAAAAAUUUCCCUACGUUAUGGUAGCACUAAAGGAAAUAGCAAAGAAUGCCUCGAACGGUGUGACACGCUAAGUACCAGCAGAGAGAACCAUAUGUCCAAGUCCUUCACCACACAUUCUCUGAGUGAGGAAGACUUAAACAAUGAAGCUAUGAAUAGAAUGAGCGCUAGUGAGGAGGAAACGGCUAAUUGCUGCAGCGGCAAGGGGCGCGAAAAUGGCACCUCAAAUGGACCCCCUUUACACGCAGACAACGCCCAUGACACACAUUUGGCGCUCAGCAACCAGGGGGGCGAAGAGUGUAUAGAGGAACCAUUUCCUCCCCAUUCGGAUGGCCACUCCGGCGAUGAUGUAAUCGAUGGGGAGGAAUGCAACAAUGGGGACCUUCUUGAGAAGGUGAAUGAUGAAGAGGGUAGUGCCAUCGAAUGCAAGGUGGCCUAUCAACCGAGCAAUCGUUACACCCAAAAGGCGAACACGGUUAACGUAUACAUACAACAUAACACAAUAGAGUACUAUGGUCCGAAAUAUGGAUACAGCAGGAAGACCAAGUCGAGGUGGGCGCGGAACGAAGGAGGCCUAAGCCAUCUAAAGGGUUAUCGCAGAUCUGGAGAAAAAUGGGGCAGUAACUGGGGUAGAAAGUGGGAUAAUCACUGGGACAAUUGGGAAAUUUGGGACUACGGUUGGGACCGUCGCUGGAACAAGUGGAGCGGGAAAUACAAUCAGUACACUCUGCCUUGGAAAAAAAGCUUCGUUCACGAACAAAGUUUCUCCCCUCGUAACUCCUAUCACUUGGCCGUGCGGACAACCGGAAAAAACAAUUACAGGGUUAAGAACAGCGCGUAUUACAGCCCCAGGUGGACUACGCGCGCCCCGAAAUAUUACACAACAGAUUCACGUAAGGUUUACAAUAAUGGUAGGGGCCAAAUGGUAGGCUUGCACGAAGAUGCAACCUAUAUCAAUGCAGAAGAAUUUAAGAAAAAUGGCAAAAGUGAUUAUCCAUUUUGGGGUGUACAAAAAAGCAAAGGUGCUCACCACUUUUAUAAUAAAAGCGGUUUUUAUAUAUCACAAAAUAGGAACAAUUAUGCGCGUAGAAAAUACAAUGAAAGCAAACCAAGUGAUGCGUUUAAGCCAUAUGAACCGCACAAAAAUGUAAACGAACUUGAGAAGGAAAUAUACAAGAAGCUGUCCUAUUUAAAGCACUUCAAGCAUGACCAUACCAAAUCGAUCCCCAGAUAUUAUUGCACCUUUAGACAUUUGCUUAUCCCAUCCAGGACCAGAAAACAACCCAUGUGGUUACAAAAUAUGAUUGCUACGAAUACAUGUGGUUACUGUGAUAAGCAAUUUUCCAGUUUGAAGAGUCUUGAAAAUCAUUUCGUUCAUGUGAAAACACAUAGAAUAUAUUACUGCUGUGGGAAGCCUUUCACUUCUUUGAAGUUUUUAUAUAUUCACCUCAAGCAGGAUAACCACUAUGGAUACAUUUACUAUUACUAA